AUGACUACAUUAAAAUUAUAUUUGACAAAUAAAGAACAAAUUGAAUGUGAUAGGAUAAAUUUACAAUCUGAUAAAACAUCAGUUAUAUAUAAAUCAGAAUAUAAAUAUAAUAAUAAUAUAUAUUGCCCUAAUAAUGAUAAUAACAAUAAUAGUGAUAAUAAUGUAUUCAAUAAGACUAUAAAUAAAGAACAUCAAUUAAUAAAUCUUCCUGUACCAUCUUCAACAUCAAUAGAAUUAGCUACAAUAAAUAAUAUUGAUUAUAUUAAUCAACGAAAUUGGAAUAAAUAUAAACAAUUAAAUAAUUUACAAAAAUUAUUUAUUUUUUGCAUACCAUUCUAUUAUUUAAUUGAUUUAUAUUUAAAUAUUUAUAAUAAAUUUUGUAUCUUAUCAAAAUAUAAAAAAUGGAAUAAUAAUAGUUAUUAUUAUUUAUUUAUUAAAUUAAAUAAUAAUUUAUUAAAAAUCUUUUAUAAUUAUUUAUUUAAAUUAACAAUAAUUAUUAUUAUAACAAUAAUGAUUAUUAUUAUCUAUUAUUUAUUUAUUAAUAUAUUGAAUUAUAAUUUAUAUAUAUCAAUAUUAUUCAGUAUUUAUAUUAUAAUAUUUUUAAUAUUUAAUUUUUCAUUAGAUAUUCAAUGUAUUACAUUCAUGAUAUUAUCUUAUUUAACUACAUCUUAUAUAAGAUGGUUAUUAUUAAUGUAUGCUACUUAUAUAAUUAUUUUUGAAUUAAUUUUAAAUAUUUUAUAUCAUUUUGAAAUAAUAAAAUGUUUAUUUAAUUAUAUUACUUAUUUAAAUGUAAUUAAUUUAAACAAGUUAAAUGAUUUUCUAUUAAAUGUAUUAAAGAUUUCAAUUGAAAAUUUAAUAAAUGAAUAUAAUUCUAUGUUAUAUAAUAUACGUAACACAUUAUUCAAUAUUCAUUUAUUUACGUUAAAAUUAAUUACAAUAAUAAACAAUAAUAAUAUAUGGAUUAAAUCUAUAUAUAAUUCAUGUAAAAAUACUGAUGAGGUGUAUAAUUUAUGUCGAAAUUUUUUUAAUAAAGCAUAUAUAUUAUGUAAUAAUGAAUUAGAUAUCCCUAAUAAUUCAUGUGAUUACAUAAUAUUUUAUAAAAAUAAUAUAUGUAAUGCAAUACAAAUAUCUACUAAUGAAUGUGAUAAUUAUAAUCAAAUGAUAUUAUAUCAUUUAAAUAUUACAUUAAAAAAGAAUUUAAAUAAUAAAAUAGAAAACAUAUUAAAUACUAUUGGACAUGAUAAUAUAACAACAACAAUAAUGAAUUUUAAUGAAUCUAAACAAAUGAUUCAUAAAAUGGAUAAUGAAAUUAUUGAUUUAAAGCAAAUAAAUAGUUUUAUAAAUUAUAUUGAAGAAACAAAAUUAUUUAUUUUAUGGUUUUUAUUUUUAUGGGCAUUAGUUACUAUGAUAAAAUUAUUUAUUAAAGCAAUUGUAUUUAGAAAUUUAUGGUUGAGUCAAAUCACAUUUGAGAAUAGUUAUAUAACUUCAGAAUAUAUUCAACAGGAGAAACAAGCAAUUCUACAAGGAAUUCCUUCAACGUUUCCACUUACACAUAAUGAAUCGAAACAUUAUAAAUUAUUAACUAGUUUCAGUUGGAGUCACAAUGAAAAGAAUAAAAUGAAAUGUUCAAACACAUUGUUUAAUGUAUGGAUAGUUUUAAUUAUUAUAAUUAUAUUACUUAUUCAAAUUAUACACAAUUCUUUACUUUCCUUGACCUCUUUAAUUUCAAAUGAUUUCAUUCAGCCUAGAACAAGAUAUUCUCAUAAUGAUGAUAAUUUAAAUUUCAGUUCUGAAAUAUUUAAUAAAAUUCCAUAUCAAUCAAUUAUUGUUAGUGGAACAUUUUAUGAAAAUAUUGUAAGAAAUAUACUUGAUUUACUAAUUCACUCAAAAGAUACAAUAAUUAAUAAUGAUGUUACAGUUUGUCACCCAAUAUCAAGUUCACAGGAUUUCAAUGAUAAUAUAAUCGUUAUAACAUUAUUAGUUCUAACGAUUAUAAGCCAAUUAAUUGAAGUAUAUAUUAUGAGAUUGCGUCAUAUAAUUAUGAUUUGGUACUAUCCAGAAAGAUCAAAUCAGCGGGCUUCAUGGUUACGCGCUCAUAUACGAAAUAAUCGUAAACUUUUUAAUGAUUUCAAAUAUACAUCGGGAGACACCACUGAUAAACAUGGUUGCUGUUUUACAAAUAAUCCAAAAAUAAAGCAUGUUUUAGCAGGAUUUAGUAUCAAACGUAUUACAUGUUUUUGGUGCAAUAAAGAAAGUUAUCCAUCAAAAAAACAGAAACCGAUAGAGAAUGCUUCUCAAUAUUCUGGAAAUGUACAUGGAUGUAGUAUAUGUCAGCUGGAUCUUGGAAAUAUCUGCAUAAAAUGUCGUACAUUAUUAUCUUUGAAAUAUUCACAAAUUGGCUUAGAACAUUUAAACAAUGAGGAGUAUACAACUAUGAAUUCAGUGUAUUCACGAAGAGAUGAUCAGUAUUGACGUUAACUUGUUCAUGAAUCUACAGUGGUAAAAACUGUAAAUUAUUAAUUUUGAUGAAUACCAGUUAUGGAUUAUUUUACCAUAUGCUUAUUUCAGUCAAGUUUCAUUACAGAAACUCGAUUACAUUAGUACUGAAAUUUAAA